GUCCUGUCUGGAGCGGUGGGUUCACAGGAGAGCUAAGGGUGGGGCUCCAGCUGUCCCUCCCCUGGGCCCCCGCCUCGCUGGAUCAAUCAGUGCCCCGGCCGUGGAGCCCGGCGUUAGAUCCCUUAGACACAGCAUUGAUGACCCCCAGAGAGGUGAGAAGACCUGCCCUGCCCUUCCCCACUUCUUUCUCCCACCUGCCCAGAGUGAUCUUUCUCAACCAAACUCCAAGCAGGUCCCUCCUCGGCUAAAAAUCCUGUCUUGGUUCCCAGUGUCCUUGGGGCAAAGUUCAAACUCCUCUAGGCCCUGGAGGCCCAGCAGAUCUGACCUCUCAGGCUUGGCCACCCCACCCCCAUCCCUUGGGAGCUGCUCUCAAAGACUCUGAAGCAGUUACUGAUUCUUACCUCGGGCCUUUCCCCUCGGUAUUUCUUCACUUCCUCUGGGAAGUUGCCCAGACCCCCUGUCAGGUGACCCGUUUCUUGACCGUCACGGCGUCCUGUGGCCUCCCCCCAUCAAAGCACACUUCCCUUUGCUUAAUAAUUAUGUUUACUUGCGUCUCUCUCCCCUACCAAACGGCGAGCUACACUUAGGUAGAGACCCCGAAUGUUUUGUUCAGGAAUGUGUCCCCAGCUCCGGGAAUGGUGACUGGCACGUAGCGGGUGCUCAGUAAACAUUUGCUAAGUGAAGGAACGGAUGCCUUUUGCUAGAUGAUGCCAGAUUGCUCUGCAAAAAAGGCUGUGGCACUUCACACUACCAGCAGCCACGUGAAGGUGUUCAUUUCCUCGUAUCCUCCCCCGAAAUGUGUAUGGUCCUUCGUCAAUCCCACGCUCUUUGCGAGGCGCCAGCCUGGCCGAGGAAAUUUCCGCCCCCUCCCCAAGCCGGAGGCGGAGACGGUUUCGGAACCUCAGGUGCCCAGACCCGCGGCGCGCGGCGCCAGGGGGCGCCAGAAGCAGAAGACGGUGCAGCGGCGAGCAGGCGGGCGCGCGGGGUCCCCGGGGGGGUCCUGCCUCGCCUGGGGCUCCCAGUGCCCGCCCCCGGCAGUAAGCCGCCUGGCGGUCGGAGCAGCGCCCGCGGCCCGGCCUCCGAGCGGCCCCCGCCCGGCCCCCAGCGCCACGCGGCGCGAGCCCCGCCAGCCCCCUGCGCACCUGCUCGGGGCGUGGCCUCCGGCGAAGGCGCGUCCCGAUUGGCGCGGAGGUGACAAAGGGGCGUGGCCUGCUCCGGCCCCGCCCGUCCAGAGGCCGGAGUACUUAAAGGAGUUGGCGGCGCGUCUCCACUCAGAGCGCAGCGGCACGGCCUCGCGGGUGGAGUGCCUCGCGACCCCUGCGCGAACCGGCGACCCCCGGCUGCUUCGGCCACCAUGCCGCGCUCUUUCCUUGUCAGGAAGUCCGCCUGCUCCCGCCGGAGGCCUAACUACAGCGAGUUGCACGACUCUUCUCCAGCAGAGUUUGCCUUCCAGCAGCCGUACGACCAGGCCCACCUGCUGGCGGCCAUCCCGCCUCCCGAGGUCCUUAACCCCACGGCCUCGCUGCCCACGCUCAUCUGGGACUCGCUGCUGGCCCCGCAGGCACAGCCCGUCGGCUGGGCCGCCCCACGGCCCCAGGAGGCCCCCGGGGCUGCGGAGCUGACCUCCCUGUCGGACGACGACAGCGGGAAAGGCUCGCAGCCGCCCAGCCCCCCGUCGCCGGCCCCUUCGUCCUUCUCCUCCACCUCAGCCUCGUCCCUGGAGGCCGAUGGCUACGUCGCCUUCGCCGGCCUGGGCCGGUUGCCCGCGCAGCUGGCGGGGCUGUCGGUGGCCAAGGACUCCCAGACGCGCAAGGCCUUCAACUGCAAGUACUGCAACAAGGAGUACCUCAGCCUGGGGGCCCUCAAGAUGCACAUCCGGAGCCACACGCUGCCCUGCGUGUGCGGCACCUGCGGGAAGGCCUUCUCCAGGCCCUGGCUGCUGCAGGGCCACGUGCGCACCCACACCGGUGAGAAGCCCUUUUCCUGCUCCCACUGCAGCCGAGCCUUCGCCGACCGCUCCAACCUCCGGGCGCACCUCCAGACCCACUCGGAUGUCAAGAAGUAUCAGUGCCAGACGUGCUCCCGAACCUUUUCCCGCAUGUCCCUGCUGCACAAGCACCAAGAGUCCGGCUGCUCAGGGGGUCCCCGCUGACCCUCAAACUCCUCCUGCCUCUCCAGACCCUCCCCCGACCGCGCAGCCGCCCCAGCUCCAGGAGGAAGGAGCCUCCCUCCUCACUGCGGGACUCCCUCUGAGCUCCCCCUUUGGGUUGCGUUUGCCCCGCAGGACUCUGAGGACCUUUUUCCUGUUCCCUCUGCCCUGGUGCCUCAGUGGGCUCGGAGGGAGGCCUUUCCGUGGACGCUUCUGUGAGCGGCGGACGGGGAGGGCGGCUGGUAGCCCAGUGUUUCUGGAGCCGGCCUUUCUGCGUGGGUUUGUGUAUCCAAAGGUGUUUGGAUACAGCUGCUUUGAGCUCCGGGACGAAAGCAGACAGACUGAUAGGAAGCUCCCCCCCACUCAGGGGAACCCACUCCUCCCCCGCCCGGAACCCUCAGGCCACCCCUCCAGGAGGUGUGACUGACUAUGCAGUAAUCCACCCCCAGGGUCACCCCCGGGGCCUGUGGGGGCGGCGGACACAGGACUGGUCUAGACCCCAGGAUGCCCCCGGGCCAGGCAGCUAUUUCAGCCUCCCGUUUGUCAUGGUGUCACCUGUUUCAUGGGCAAUUUAACAUCAGUCUCUUUUGAGACUGUGAGUAAUUGCCGUCACUUGUUGGGGGCCCGAGUGGGGUGCUUCAGCCUGACCGAUGUGUCUCCCAGGACUAUUUUUGGGGUCUGACAGGUGGGCCCGGGAGGAAGAUGUUUACAUUUUUAAAGGUACACUGGUAUUUAUAUUGCAAGCGACAUUUUGUACUAAGGAAACGUUUUGUAUAGUUAUAUGUACAGUUUAUUGAUAUUCAAUAAAGUGGUUAAUUUAUGUAUU